AUCUAUGUUUUGUUGACAUUUGUUUGUGUAAGACAAAAACAGUGGACUCGCAUUGGAGGAUGGUGUAUUUUUGGACACUGCUUGACCUCGACAGAGCCUGAACAGAGAUACCGCAACAAUUUCCAAACAGCUGUGUAAAUUCUGCCUAAUCUGACCAAGAAUGGACUGCGGGCUACGCUAAAAUGUCACUAAGCUAGGCAGAUGGACAGAGCAAGUGGCGAACAAAACAAAACCGUGUCACCCUGACUACAUGAGAGGCUGAAUCAUCCCCUGCAUAGCCACCUCCAGCAUCGCACAGUACAGAGGAUCGACUGUUUUAACGCAUAUAUUUGGAUCGGCUACAAUAAUCGUUCUGUUAGCAUCGUAACAAUUUCAAGGUGUCCAGUGUUAUUACGCUGUUAUUGUUGUGUAUCUCCGCAAGACUAGCAUGCUAGCAGUGAGCUAACGUUAGCCUUAGCUGCCCUAAUAUGAACUGCUACAUUUACAAGUCACCCUGCGACAAAAUGUAGCAGAUGUUUUAUAAUAAACUAACACAAGGCAGUGUUCAUUAACAGUAGAUUUAAUUAAGCGUUGGCCCCAAGAAUGUAAGGAAAAUGGCAAACUUUGAAGAGUAUCAGGAGUAUCAGAGAAUAGAGGAUUUUGAGGAGGACUCCCCACCAGGAGAGGAAGACUUGCUGCUACACGUGCCUGAAGGCCUCAAAGACUCAUGGCACCACAUCAAGAACCUGGACAACUUCUUCACAAGAAUCUAUCAUUUCCAUCAAAAGAAUGGAUUUGCUUGCAUGAUGCUGACCGAGUUUUUUGAGCUUGUUCAAUUUCUGUUCGUUGUCACAUUCACAACUUUCCUUGUCAACUGCGUGGAGUAUGACGUCCUAUUCGCUAACCGGCCCGUCAAUCACACCGAACCAGGGCACAACCCCAUGGACCGCAACAAAGUCACUCUCCCUGAUGCCAUCCUACCCAGCCAGCAGUGCACCCAGAGGAUUCAAGAAAACAGCUGGAUAAUAUUUCUUCUCAUCAUGGCAGCCACUUUCUGGAUUUAUCGACUCAUCAAAGUAUUUUGUAAUAUCCUGAGCUACUGGGAGAUAAGACAGUUCUAUAUCAAGGCACUGAAAAUCAGAAUGGAUGAACUAUGCAACUUCACCUGGCAGGAGGUUCAGGACCGCCUCAUUAGCCUGCAGCGGGAACACCAGAUGUGCAUCCACAAGAAGGAGCUGACUGAACUCGACAUCUACCACCGCAUCCUCCGCUUUAAGAACUACAUGGUGGCUAUGAUCAACAAGUCCCUGCUGCCCGUGCAAUUACAACUCCCCCUGCUUGGCAAUGUUGUGUUCCUCACCCAGGGCCUCAAGUACAACUUUGAACUCAUCCUAUUCUGGGGUCCCGGCUCGCUUUUCCAAAACAAGUGGAACCUCCAUCCUAAAUACAAGCGUGGUGGAAACAGGCUAGAACUUGCGCAGCAGUUGAGUCGAGUCAUCCUUCUGAUUGGAUUGGCCAAUCUGCUUCUCUGUCCGUUUAUUCUGGUGUGGCAGGUCCUCUACGCAUUCUUUAGCUACACAGAAAUCAUCAGAAGAGAACCGGGGAGUCUUGGAGCAAGACGCUGGUCGCUGUAUGGCCGUUUGUACCUCAGACAUUUUAAUGAACUGGACCACGAGCUGCACGGGAGACUGGGGCGAGGGUACAAAGCCACGUCUAAAUAUAUGAACUCCUUCACCUCGCCCUUGCUCACCGUCCUGGCCAAAAACGUAGCUUUCUUCUCCGGCUCGGUGCUGGCCGUGCUCAUCGCCCUCACGGUGUACGAUGAGGACGUGCUGACGGUGCAGCACAUUCUGACCGCUAUAACUGUGCUGGGCGUGGUUAUCACCAUAACUAGGUCCUUCAUCCCAGAUGAGCAUAUGGUGUGGUGCCCUGAGCAGCUGUUGCAGUGUGUGCUGGCACACAUUCACUACAUGCCCGACCACUGGAGAGGCAAUGCUAACAAGAGCGAGACCCGGGACGAGGUGGCACAGCUGUUCCAAUACAAAGCGGUGUUCAUCCUGGAGGAGCUGCUCAGUCCCAUCGUAACACCCUUCAUUCUGAUUUUCCACCUGCGGAACAAAUCUCUGGAGAUCAUCGACUUCUUCAGGAACUUCACGGUGGAGGUGGUGGGGGUCGGAGACAUCUGCUCCUUUGCACAGAUGGACAUCCGUCGCCAUGGAAACCCAACGUGGAUGUCCGAGGGCCAGACAGAGGCCUCCAUUUACCAGCAGGCGGAGAACGGCAAAACAGAGCUGUCCCUGAUGCACUUCACCAUAAAGAACCCGCGCUGGCAGCCCCCUCAGGAGAGUUCAGUGUUCAUCAGCCAUCUGAAGGAGAAGGUCCACCACGACGCUCUGAGCGGCCCCAGCACACAGCAGCUUCUGUCCGAGGCUCCACUCUGCACCUCCCUGCAGUCCAAUGACUCCGGGGUCACAGGGCCUGAUAACCUCCUGGCCAGUGUGUUGGCUCACCCCAUGUUGACAGCAUCUGGACUUCAGGGCCGUGAGCACCGCUUCAUUCCCCCAAGCACCGCUGCCUCAGCUGCUGCAAGUGUCCUGGCCUCGCUGUCCACCUCGCAGCUCCACGGACACACCGGCAGGGGGCGCCCCCACGGCCUCCUGCCCACCUCCAUCCACCCCGAGCACAUGUAUCACAGCGCUCACACUAACAAUGACAGUAUGACAACGAGUGACUGCCGCACGAGAAGCAACGCUCUGCAGUCGGAGUUUGCCUCAGCGGAGAUGAGCCUCCAUGCCAUAUACAUGCAUGAGCUCCACCAGCAGACCUCUAACCCUCAGAGAGUUUCAGGACACUGGCAGAACCCAGUGCCAAUGAGAGAUCUUCAUCCUCACCAUCACUCUGGUGGUCUUAGCACCAGCCUGUCCAUGCCCGCUCCUGUGCACCUCGGCGGCUGGAGAGAGGAGGAUGAGGAGGAAAAUGAAGAUGAUCAAGAGAUUAACAGUGGGUCUACUCCUAAACAGGACACUGGGAGUAGCUGCUGACGCCUUAUGUCAUAAGUGUUUACAUUGUACUUUCUUCAGUGAACAUCGUGGCCUUAGAAGAUCUUGAUUUAGCAUGGACCUGUUUUUGGACAUCCAUCGAAAGCUUGCAUUAGGGUGGGCCAGUUACAUACUAUGAUAACCACUGUCUCUCUCUCUCUGCACCUUUUUGCCCCUGCCCUGCCCCAGCUAUGGCAGACUAUGGCGUCAGGGAAACCAUUUUGUCUUCCGUCCUCUCCACCAAAAUCAUAUGCCAUAUUUCUUGUACAAAUUGCGUCAAGUUAAGUGUGAAACAGAAAAGUAAGUCUUGUUGAAAGUUUUAAAAUAGAAAUCGCAAUUAGGUUUUCAAGAAGUGUGUAAUUUCUUUCAUCUAACCCGCCAUCUUUGAUAAACUAUUUUUACAUGUUCAGUCAUCAUAUUUGUAAAUACACUUCCACGUCUUACUUCAGCUUUUUAUUUCAGUCUGUUGAAAAGUACAGAUAAAAAAAACUACAUGCAUGGGUCAAUAUCGUACUCGAUUUAACAUACAAGCUUUGAUGCUGCUACUGCAAUCAGAAUAUAUUUAUUUUAGACAGUAUUUGCUAAACUGACAAAAAAAACAAAACUGCUGCGUACCUAAACGUUUGGACACCAAUUAAUGCAAGAUGUUUUUAAAGGUGCAAUAUGUAACUUUUUGGUAGGUUGUCCGGUACUUGCUUUUUCUCUCGAAGAUGUUAUUGCUUUGCCUAGAAUGUUCCACAUUAUGUCAUUAAACUGAUCUCUUAGGCAUUUGUUCUAUUACAAGUGUUUUUAUUGUUGAUAAAUACCUAUCUUGAGCUGGGUCGGCGCUUUACAGAUAUUACCUGUAACUUGGCCUUGUGGCGUUACCCGCUCGUCUCCAUGUUGAUAGAUACGCUUAAUGCACUACUGUGGAAUUUUACAGGCACAGCAACAACAUCUCUAUGGAUACAAGCGGUACGACGUAACUUUGACCAGAAAAAAGUUACUUAGUGUACCUUGAAGUGAAAAAAAUAUAGCCAGCUUCUUGCCUUAACACCAGUUCAUCACCUCCUUUGAUACCUCAUUGGUGGUGGAAAAAAGUCUCUGUACCUCUAAUUAUUUCAUUAUGUGUAAAUAAGAUACGUUUUUUGUAGUGUACAGAUUAAGAAGCAUCAUUGAACACCUUUUUACAGUCAGUUGUACAUUUGUAUUGAUAAAUGCUUUUUUUGGAGCCAUGCAUCAGCUCCUUAUAAAAAAAAAAAAGAGAGGAAAAAAUGAGAAAGAGAAUGAAUAAUUUCUAAAAAACAGGGUGUGAUUGCUUUUACAAAUCCUAUUAAUAGUGUCCCCGCACAUGUUUUUGUGUUAGCUUUAGUUUCAAGCUUGGAAUUGUUUACAACUAUGGUAUCUUUCAGUAUUUGUUAACAAUACCUAGAACAAAAAACAUUCUUGCUUCUCUUACCAGCUUUAUUUAUUAUCUAUCCCCUAGUUAUUUAAUUAGACAAGCAGACUAUUUAUUGGCAAAGUAUUUAAAUUAUAUAAAUGAAAAUAUGUACCUCAAAAUCUUGAACACGCCACUUUCACCACCCACUUAAAAAAAUGUGUUUUCAAUUCGUAUUCUUUGCAUUUAAUUAUUAUGAAUAGAAAAGAAAAAAACAAUUCAACCACAUAUCACUGCAUGUUAGGUUUUUAAGAUUUUUUUUUUUUUAAUUAAUCCGUAACAUAGAAUACCUGUUUAUUAGAAAAACAUUUAUAUUUAUAUUUGAUUGUUGAAUGUUCAAUUGUAUGCUCCAAAUUAACACAACGUCAUUAUUCUUUUACUGACCCCUUGUGACUGGAGGUGGUAUGGUAUGUAUUGAUUUAAAUUUCAAUCAGUGGUGAAGAAUUCUUUCCAAAAUUUUCUGGAAUUAAUUCAUCUAACAAACUUACUAACAAAUCAUUCAAAACAAUAGCACGUUACCUAAAGGGACACUUCAUUUCAUCAAAUGUAUGACUUAACUUUUAUUGUCAUUUUGUAUAGACCCUUUAAAAGUUAGAAAACAUGUAUAUUGAUUCUGAAAUGGAGGCAACUAGAGGCAAAGGUGAAGUGGAUCAUAAUGGGAUUUCAAUGGUGAAAUUGGGAUUAGUGUCAGAAUAUAAUUUCGUCAACAUUUUUAAAAAAAUCUGAAGGGGCUUUGGCAAAUUAUCUAAAUCUGUGAGUGAUAUCAGAGCCCAGUUUAAAGACAAUUUUAUUUUACUAUAUUUGUAUAUGCAAUAUGAGAUUAUAAUAUCUUUUUGUUAGCUAAAUCCAGAUUUUUAGGUUUACACAAUAGGAUUUUUAAGAUUAUGUUUUCUAUUAGAUAAUUUACUACAACAAAUCAUACUUUUUGUGAGGCUCAGAUACAAUUUUGUAGCCAGAAACUGUAUUUUUUUCCAUCCUUGGUAACAGAAAAGCAAAGUUACUGACAUUUACACCUUGGGAAUUCAAAAUCUUUACUUCCUUUUGGUCUAUAUAAACCAUUAACAUUUUCAUCUGACGUCAGUUGUAUUAUGGUCUACUUCAUUUUGUCUCCAUUCUGUAAUUUUGAACACUGAGAUGACAUGGCAUUUUAAAGGGUCUACGCAGAAUAGCCGAUACAAUUAUGGCAUAACCUCUGGAAAAUCUAUGUUUGUCAAUUGUCAAAGUGUUCAUUCUUUAAGUGUUGUGAUCACUGCUUGUUUGUAAGAUACAUAUAAUAUUACAAAUACAGUGAGUUAACUGUAGACACUGGCUGGUGGAGUUCACAUGUCUCUAUACACCUCAAUGUGAUGUUUUAUUUAAGCAGUGCCUUCGUAUUAAGGAUUUGCUCACUUUGAAAAAAAGCCAUUUCUCAGCAAUUUAUUUUCACAACAAGCAGUGGAUAAUAUAUGUACAUUGUUGGAAGAUUUGUAACUCGAGAUGGAUUUUUGUGUGUUAUAUCGACAUUAUACCAGUCAGACAUCAUUGUGACUGGAAAAGGUGCUACAUUUUCAAACUGAAUUUUUGAUUUUUUGUUUGUUUGUUUGUUUUUGUUACAUUGUUUGUUUGUUUGUUUGUCCUUAGAUUCCAUAAAAAAAUAAAAACACUAGCGAAAACAGACAUGCCAAAAUAUGUAGUUUUGGGCACAGCUUUAUCAGCGUGUUAUCUGUGUGUGAGUAGAGAGCCAAACCUAUCUUCUUUGGAGUGUAUUUAAUCAUUUUAAGAGUGGCUGAAAUGAUGUGAUGUUUACUUGAGUUGAGAGAAUAAAAAAAAAAUCUACUGGAA